AUGGCUAAGAAGGGAAAGGUGAGCUCGAAGAAAGCGCCGUCCCCAGACGGGGGCAACAAGAAGGGGAAAGGUAAAAGCCCACCUGAAGAGCCAUCCGAAAAAGACCAGAGAAAGGCCAAACAACAAGCAAAUAGAGCGAAGGUAGCCUCAUCGGCCAGUUGGACCGGUAAAUUACCCCAUACUUUACUGCACGAGUUUUGUCAGAAGAGAAAAUGGAAUAAAGUCGAAUAUGAUAUGAAGAAAAUUGGUGACAAAGGUUUGGUGGCAAUAAGUGUAAUUUCAUACACAGAUCCAAAAUCGAAAGAAACGCUAACCAUAAAAUUGAGUGAUCCUACGUACGAUAAAAGGAGUGGGGAAGGCUUGUUGACACCACAGGAAACACCGAUGGAGGCUAGACAUUACGCAGCUACUGUGGCUUUGUGUCGUCUCGCUUAUAACACUAAUAUGCAUAUGAUGCUUCCACCAAAUCACAAGAAACUAUGGCAUGAGCUGAGCGAUUACCGUGCAUCGAUUGCCAAAGUGAAUGCUUAUCGCUGCGAAAGAUUGUUCAAUUCAGAUCCGUUCAAAACACUUGUGGAUGAUCGUAAAUUGAUGCAACAAAGGGAAAAGGAGUUAGAGAGUAAGAACAAGCAGGCAGAAAAGGAGCAGAAACCAUCAAUGAUCAUAUCCCUAUCGAAGAAUGAUCGAAGAACUAAUCAAUCUGCUAUGACACUAGAGAAAAAGCUGACCAAGCGACGGACGCCGGUAGGAUUCUCUACCACAGCAUGGGAGAACGCUGUGUUUGUGGACUUAGAUGAGUCAGUCCGCCAAAUGCUGGAAACUAUGCUUAAAACCAAUCUUGAUUGGAUGAGCCGGCGAGCUGAUCUGCAGACGGCUUCGCAAUAUGAGCGCAAAGCCCUUAGAGGUAGGCUGCUGUCUCUGAACUUCAGAGAGCCUCAUGUUGAGGAAGCCAUGGCGUAUAAAGAUCCGUUGUCUUUUUUGUUAUUCAAUCUACCGGAGGACGAUUUACCAUCGUUCUUCCACAAGAGGAAAGAAGACUCAAUGAACAAGGUGGAGAUUACAGCCUUACCCCUAGCGGUAAGAAAUAAAGUAGACCGAUUGGUAGAAAGUGGAGUUUCGAAAGAUGAAGCUCUUUUCGCAUUGGAAAGCUCAGAUAUGAGUGAAAAUGAAGCGGCAGGGAGACUGACCGAGAUGCUAUAUCCCAGAAUAGACUAUAAUUCCACUCAGUUUAUAUCCGAGGCCGAAUCUAUUGAAGUUUGGAAUCAGGAAUUAGAGAGCUUAAGAUGCAUUUAUGAAGAUUCGAUUAACAUCAUCGAAGCAGAUUCAUGUUAUACCAUUGAAAUUUUCAAAGAGCUUAGAUUAAAACUUAAAGUGUACAGGACGAGACAAUACCCAAGAAGCUUACCUGGUAUUAUAGUCUCCACUUUCGAAAAGGGCUACAAGCUGCCUAACUACAUCAAGCAGCAGAUCUUAUGCAAACUUCUGGAGAGCAUUUAUGAAUCCAAUUUACUUGGAGAUAUGCUAGUAUAUCACGUUUAUGAAUGGCUGCAGGACAAUAUGAAACGAAUAAUUGAGAACCCUGGUCCACUACUUUCAGAGAAAGCACUGCAUAGAUCACUAGUUAACAAGAGCAAUAAUUCAGUGAUUGAUACCAAAGCUCAAAGGAAAGGACAAUCAAGAGCGAGAGAGACGAAGACGCUCAGUGACCAGGCACUAGGUGAACUUAAAGAGCGACAUAUGAAGCGACUCGAAGAAAAGGCCUAUCAACAAAUGCUAAAGCAUAGAGCGAAGCUACCAGCUUGGCAUAAGAAAGAGCUUAUCGUGGAGCUUGUUCAGCAGAAUAACGUAACACUUAUAACCGGUGAGACAGGAUCAGGGAAAUCUACACAAGUAGUGCAAUUCCUUCUAGACAGUAUGAUCCUUGGUCCCCAAAUAUCAGCAGCUCAAAGAAUAAUUUGCUCUCAACCACGAAGGAUCUCAGCGAUCGGGCUGGCGGAGCGUGUCGCGGACGAACGUUGUGUUGAUUGCGGUGAAGAAGUUGGGUAUAUCAUAAGGGGUGUCAAUAAGACUAAAAAGACCACCAGAAUAGAGUUCAUGACGACCGGUGUGCUUGUACGAAUACUUCAAAGUGAUAAAUCGGUUCUUGAGAACGCCAUAGUAGUAAUUGACGAAGUUCACGAGAGGUCCAUCGACACUGAUUUGAUUGUCAUUCUUUUGAAGAAUUUGAUCGGAAAAAUUCCCGGCUUAAAAGUUGUCUUAAUGAGUGCGACUGUCGAUGUUGAAGUCUUCAAACAAUAUUUCCUCAAUUUAGCCACUUGUCACAUAGAAGGCCGCACCUUCCCAAUAAAAGACUAUUUCCUUGAGGAUGUUCUAGAUGCUUUGGAUUUUACUAUUAGAAGAGAUAAAUCUUAUUCCUACUCCGAUGAUGAAGAUAUUCAGGAAGAAUUCUUCAGACCUAGCGCUGAUUGCAAGUUCUUCAAUUCUGGGCAAAUCAAUUAUGACCUGGUUUGUCAAGUUGUAUUUCACGCUGAUAAACAGUUGCGAGCGUUAGGAAACGAUGGUUCCAUCAUAGUUUUCUUACCUGGUGUUGCUGAAAUCAAUCAAUGCUGCUCAAUGAUAAUCUCAAAUGAUGUCGACGAGAGUUUUGUUGUGCUUCCAUUACACUCGGCUCUGACCCCUGAUGAACAAAGAAGAGUAUUCAGGCGCUACCCUCUCAAAAGGAAGAUAGUUGUAUCCACUAACAUUGCCGAGACUUCUAUCACAAUUGAUGAUUGCGUUGCCACAAUAGAUACCGGCCGGGCGAAAACGAUGGUUUACGAUCCCAGAGAUAACACCACACGCUUGAUUGAAUCAUUCAUUUCGAAAGCGGAGGUCAAACAAAGACGAGGUCGUGCAGGUAGAGUGCGGGAAGGUAUUUCCUACAAACUGUUCUCGAAAAGACUGUACGAGGAGAAUAUGGUGCCCAUGCCGAAACCCGAAAUCAGCAGAAUUUCGUUAGAGUCGCUUUUCAUCUCUGUCAAGGCAAUGGGCAUCAAGGAUGUCAAAAACUUUUUAAGCACAGGCCUAGAACCGCCACCAGCGGAGUCGAUAGAUAAGGCGGCUAAAAUUUUGACAACCGUAGGACUUUUGGAUGAUUUUGACGGGUCUUUAACUGAACUGGGAAAAUUCAUCAGUCUCAUGCCAACAAUGGAUAGUAAGCAUGGCAAGUUACUGCUUUACAGUAUAAUAUUCGGGGUUGCAGAAGCUGGGAUUUUGCUAACGUCCAUGUUAAGCACUGGUUCUAUGCCCUUCAUCGGUGGACUGGAAAAUAGAGAUAAAAUCAGAAGCUUAUUGAAGAGAAAUGAGAGUAAUGGUGAUCUCAUAGCAGUUUGCGAGAUUCUAAAACAGUACUUAGAGAUCAGGGAUCACCAUAGAAAGACUAAAUUCAUGAAGGAUAACUAUCUUUCGUAUAAUAAGGUCAAAGAGAUUCUGUCGGCACAGGCCCAAUACCUUUCUAUAUUGAAAGAUAUUGGCUUUCUGCCACUAAAAAAGGAUGACGCUCAGUAUGCUUAUUUGAAUAGGAACGAUGGCAACUUAGACGUUUUGAAAGCUGUAAUAGCAGGUGCCUUUUACCCACAUGUCGCCAGAGUUCAAUUGCCUGAUGCGAAAUUUCUAGCCACCAGCUCAGGAGCAAUCGAGAAGGAUCCAGAGUUGAAGGCAAUCAAACUAUGGAUAAGAAAUGAGAAAUAUAUUGACUACUUGCAAGAUCCGCACGAAUCACCGCAGGAAAAGCCGCUUCCAUCGACAAGAGCAUUCUUACACCCUUCUUCAAUCCUCUUCGAAGGCACCGAAGCCAGCAGCGAAGAGAUACGGACUUUGAUUGAAGGUGAGGAGCCAUUUGCAAGGCAAGGAAAAAUUAAUGCUCUCGUGCAGAGCCCUUUCAUCGCCUUCAAUACAGCUCAAGUUACCUCUAAGCUCUUCCUCCGUGAUGUUACUCCAACGUCGGCCCUUUCGCUACUGCUGAUGGGUGGACCGUUAAAUUACGAAAUCAAUGAACGCGUGCACUCCCCUGGUAUUGUAGUGGAUAGCUGGCUACCAAUCAGGACCUGGUGCAAAAACGCUGUUCUCAUCAAAGAGUUGAGACUAUUGUUAGAUCAAGCGAUCAGAGACAAGCUACAGCACCCUAGGUACGCUACCGGAUUACCGGAUAAUGAACAGAGCAGAGCUGAUAAGGUCCUGGAAACGGUUGAGUACAUUUUCACCAUCUCAUGA